AUGACUGAUGUUCUCCUGACCGAUUCCGGCUACGGCGCGGCGGCCAAUCUUAUUGAGACUAGCCAACUGCGCAGGAGAUAUUAUAGUGCACAAGUGUACGCGCAGACACAAUGUGCACUCUCUAUUCCUGUCACUCUCAUACUCCGGUGGGACGACUGCUCGACACGACCGGUGAGAGUUAAGGCGCAGGACCGACGGCUUUACGUGCUUUCCGAGGCACGGGGG